GAAGAAGCAGAGCGCUAUGAGGAAAACCCACUGGAGGCGGCGGAAGGUCCAGAGGACUUAACGUAGCGUUCCUUGAGCUUCAUUUUGGAGGCUAUCUUCAGUAAAACAUUUAUCUUUCACCGGUCUAGCGUCAGAUAUGGCCCGUGGGCACCAGAAGUUCCAGUCCCAGCAGAAGAAUGCCAAAAAGCAGGCAGACAUCAAGAAGAGCAAAGGCCAUGACCAGAAGGCAGCAGCGAAGGCUGCUUUAGUAUACACGUGCACUGUGUGUCGGACACAAAUGCCCGACCCGAAGACCUUUAAGCAGCACUUUGAAAGCAAACAUCCAAAGUCCCCUAUGCCCCCGGAGCUGGUCGACGUGGAGGUGUAACAGAUGUACCUCUAUUUCAGUAAGAGCGUUGGGGCUGAUUCAGGACUCGCUUCUACAUUUUGCAGUGUUUUAGAUAAAAUAUCCUCAACACAACUUCAAUUAUUCCUCAUGCUGCUUAAAUUCAGUAAUUGAUGCGUGGGUGUUUAAAGCAGCAUAGGUACUCAGCUGCAUGCCCAUGGUCAUUUUUCCACAUUGGAUUUUUUGUUUUUUUUUUUUGCCAGAAUUUGAUCCAGGGUGACUUCUGAAGGUAGACACACAGCAGCCAG